UGCGCCCCGUCGAGAUCUCAUGCCGCUCGUGCUGCCCGAUUCCCCAUCCCCGCUGCAGAGAAACAAGCAGCCGGCGAAGCAGAUGAGGAAGAGCGCUGCCUCGCACCGGCCGAGCAAGCCGUCGCCAUCGCCCCACGCUCCGAGUCUAACCACCCCCCUCGUGUCGCUGGCUCUGCUCUUACUCGCCGCUGCAGCCGUGUUCCUCUACUCCCAGACCGCCGCCCGCUCGUACGAGUCCCGCGGAGAGGUGCGGACCCUCUCCUCCCCGACGGUGGAGACAAUCGACGGCGCGCGCGCCAUCUGGGAGCUCCCCGCGGCGGCGCCGGCCAGGGCGGUCCUCUUCGUCGCCCACGGCUGCCGCUGCCGACCGGAGAACUUCUGGCCGCCGUCCCCGCGCUGCCCGGGGUGCGUUGGCCUGCCGGAGGACGUCGCCAUCACGGACCGCGCGCUGCGGAGGCGGUUCGCGGUGCUCGCCGUUGCGAGCGCCGGGGAGUGCUGGUCGCCGGGAAAGGAGGUCACCGGCGCCAAGCGGGUGAUCCGGUCCUGGGCCGCGAAGAACGGUCUCGAAGGCCUGCCCAUUGCCGCCCUCGGCGCUUCCUCUGGCGGGUACUUCGUCUCCAGGCUCGCGGCCAAGAUGAGCCUCGCCGCCGUCGUGAUUAUGAUCGCCGAGGGCGCGUUCGGCGGGGCAGCUGGCGCGCCGCCGGCGGUGUACCCGCCCACGAUGUUCAUCCACAUGCCGAAAGACAGGCGGAGGGCGGCGCUGUUGGAGAGGAAUUCGAAGAUGCUGAUGCGGAAUGGCGUUGAGGUGAAGGAGCUCGAGAGCCUUGAGCUCCCUUUGACGCCGAAGCUGCUGUCGGAGAGGAUACCUGGGGUGGACCGCGAGCUGUCAGAAAGGAUCUGGAAAGUGUUCAGGGAAGAAGGAUUCGUUGAUGAGAAAGGGUAUAUGAAGGAGGAUGGCCGGGCUACGCCAUGGAAGGAUGCAUUGGUGAAAAGGGGGUUCUGGAAGGAGGUGUCUCCGUUGGCAGACCACAUCCAGGAGGAGCUGAAUCUUGCUUAUGGGUACCACGAGAUGACGAGCUUGCAUGCUGACGAGAUGUUCGAUUGGAUUGAGAAGCAUUUGACAUGAAGAGGCUUUGGUUGAUCAU